AUGCCUCCUAGACGUAGCUUGAGAAGCUCGACUCUAAAAAAUUCCGAGAAUACCUCGAAAGGGGUAGCUAUCGUGAAAAAAUUUGAAAAUCCGCGAACAGCUUCAAAAAGACUCAAAAGGUCAACUAAGGAAGAAGAUACUCAACAAACCACCGAUGUUAAAACUAGCCUCCCUCCAGCAACUUACACAACAUCUAAAAGUGCACGUUUAAAUGACUUUUUUAAGGCAUCCAAAGUGAGCUCGUCAGCAGAAGAAUAUGAAAAAGCAAAGUCUCUUUUUCGUUUAUCUACUAUCCCAGCAAAGCUUGUAGGUCGCGACACGGAAAGAAAAACGAUCACAGAAUUUUUAGAAAAGCAUAUUAUUAAAAAAAAUUCAGGAAAUCUUUUUAUUCACGGGAUACCCGGUACCGGUAAAACAGCUCUCGUCAAUGAAAUUCAAAAUAAUAUGAAAGACUCUAUCGAAAAAAAGGCCAAGUGUUCUGUCAAGUCUGUCACUAUUAAUUGUAUGGGUCUCAAUGAUCCGAAGAAAAUUUACGCGACAAUUUUAGGCAUGUUGGACCAAAAGAUCGCCAGUAAUGGCGUGAAGAAUGCUGAAGAAGUUCUUAGCAAUUUAUUUUUAAAAUCCAAAAAGAACGUUAUGUACAUUGUUAUAUUGGAUGAAAUCGAUUCUCUCUUGACAAAUGAUCGAGAAAUAUUACACAAAUUAUUUGAUUGGACGUUCAGUACUUCACGAUUGAUUUUGAUUGGAAUAUCUAAUAUGGCGAAACUUACAGAAUUACUUCCUCGUCUCAAGGAUAAAGAUUACCAGCCUCAAGUUUUAAAUUUCGCACCGUACGACAAUUCCGAGAUUGCGGAUAUUAUUAAAGACCGCCUUAAAGCUGCUCCACAAGAGCAUUCACCUUUAAUAGAUGAUAAAGCCAUUGAAUUGUGCGCAAAAAGAGUUGCUGCCGAUAGUGGCGAUUGUAGAAAGGCAUUAGAUGUCGUCAGAAAAUCGUUUGAACUUGCAGAGACAGAAGAUCUUGAGGAUUUUGAUAAUUUAUUAGACCCAGAGGCAAAAGACGUUGCAAAACUUGGUGAUUCGAAUUCGCCAAAGGUUACAAUUACACACAUUAAUCAAGUUACAAAUUCUGAUAUCACUGGCACAUCUAUGAUGCGAACUCUUAAAGAUUUACAGUUUCUUCAACUGCUCGUGAUCUGUACGUUGGUUGUCAUGAAGAAGAAGAAAAAAAUGAAAAAGAUUACUUAUGGCGAGUUAUUUCCGGAAUAUCAGCGUUUCUGCCGGAAUAAAGACCGCUUAAUACCAGUAAAUUCGAGUGAAUUUGAAAUACCAGUGCAAAGACUUGAAAGUGCCGGACUAAUUAAAAUGACGCGUUCUCGUAAUGGAUCUGCGGAUCGUGUAAUUCAGUUAUCACCCGAUGUAGAACGAGAUAUAUGGAACGUAGUAAAUAACAGUAAUGUCCUAAAACCAAUGAUGAAUGAUGCACUUGCUGACUAA